ACAGGAGGAGGACAAAGAGAGCGAGUGAGAGAGAGAACAGGAGAAGUAGAGCCGUAAGUAGCUGUCCCGUCACGCUAGAAGGCAGAGCAGCCGGGGAAGGAUGGGGGUUCCUUCCUUCACUGCGGUUCUGGUUCUGGUUCUGGUGAUUACAGAAGCACUCCAACCUGGGAUGUCUCAAGAACACCCCCCAGCCCUGCUGACCAUCCAGCCCAACAGCAGACAACACUUCAGGCUGGAUCAGAUGUCCCUCUGGUGUCCCAGCCAGGAGGGGAGUUCCUCAGAGUGGACACUAAAGCACCUCUCACGCUCGGGGGUGCAGUCUGGCUGCCUUCCUGCAGGGGGCAGUGUGAGCACAGAGAGACCAGGGGCCUGCCUCAUCUCCAGCCUCUUCUCUGGUAACAGCGGGUUGUACUGGUGUGAGUCUGGUGCGGGAGGUGUGCGCACCAGCUCCAUCAACAUUACUGUCGUCUACGGGCCAAUGAUCAUCCAGUGCCCUGCCCAGCCAGUGGCCGAAGGGGACUGGGUGAUUCUACGCUGCCACUACUGGAGACGGAGGGGCAAUGCGACCGCUUUUUAUAAGGAUGGAGUGCUGCUCUCGAACGGCACAGCGAUGACCAUCCGCAAUGUGACCAGGGCUGACCAGGGUCUGUACAUGUGUGCAGACUCUGACGGCACAGCAAGCCCAGAGAGCUGGCUGUCUGUGCGAGAGCCAGUCUCUCCCACACAGCCAGUCUCUCCAACAGAGCCAGUCUCUCCCACACAGUCAGUCUCUCCCACAGAGCUGCAACUGCCCUCAACUUUUCCCACUGAUGCUCCUUCUCCAGCUGGCUCUUGGCUGAUGGUGGUGGUGCCCUGUUGCAUUGUGGGAGUCUUCCUCAUUGUGACACUGAGUCUGCUGGCUCAUCACCGCAGGUCCCCGCUGAAGUGUUCCCCCUGGAGCUGCUGUGCCACAGGCGGCACCCCACGAGAGGGCCCCAAACGUGCAGGGCCCCAGACCCAAGGGGAUGUGACAGAGAUCCAGUGGGACCUUCCGUGGCUGGAGAUGGAGGACACCCUGCUGCACCGGAGCCCAGACGAGGAACAGGGUGCCUGA